AUGUUGAAUGAUAAAGAAUCAUUGGAAUUUAUCAAAAUCGACCAAGAUAGUGAUCAUGCUCCCAAAUUUUCUAUUGCAGAUGAUAUUUCAGAAGUAUAUGGCAUACCUAGGAUUCAUAAAUGUAUUAAUAGCCAAAAACCUUUAAGAGCUGUGAUUGAUAUAGAUGCUUCACAAGAAGAUAUGGAAACAACUGAUGUUAAGAUGCAAGAACUGGGAGAACAUUCUCAAUGGAUUACAUUUACUGAAUUAGUAUAUACUAUAACUGAGAAAAAAUUUGGCAAGUUUAUCAAUCAAAAAUUACCUGAUCAAAAUUUUAACCUUUGUCUUAUUGGUUCGAUAAAAAAAGAAUUUGAAAUAAGAUCUCGAAUGCUUAGUGAAGAAAAAAAUAAUAAUCCAUUAAGAAUAAUCAUAGGUCAGAAUGUAUUGCAAAAAUGCAUGAAACUUGUUUUGCAAAAUCAUUCUAACUAUCUUAAGGAUUGGACUAUCAAAGAAAAGGACUCAGAAAACUUCGUAUAUUUUAACUGGAAAGGUCCACUAGAAUGCCUACUAUGUAAACGUAUACAUGACAAGGAUCAGCAGUGGUUCAGUCGUGUAUAUGCUAGCAGUAAAACAUUUAUUGUAAAAUGCUUUUGGCAAGGAAGUAAUGAAUCAGAGAAAGAUAAAGGCGACAGAAUAUAUGAGGAGAGAUAUGUAAGACCAUUACCCAAUGAAAGUGAUAUCUAUGUAAAAUCACCUUGGGAGACAGGAAAAACAUAUAUUCUAGAGCAUCUUAUUAUAUCUGAUAAUGUGAAUUUAUUAGUAUUAUCCACAUGUCACUCUUAUUCAAAUGUUGUUAAUAUAAGACUUAAUCUCAAAUCAUAUUGUGAUAUUGAUGAUAAUAUAAAUCUACCUGAUCAUAAGAGGGUAGUUUGCCAGUUAGAAAGCUUACAUCAGAUUACUAAUAAUUUAUCUAUAAUUGCUCAAACACAAAAUCGUCUGGUGGGUCAAUCAAUAGAAAAGUUAUAUAAAUUAAUCCAAGAGGCGAGACGUAUUAUUGUUAUGGAUAAUAACCUAACUGACCUCAAUAUUGAAUAG